CUAAAUAUUCCCUAAACCCAACUCCGAUCAGCCCGUAAUGAGCAUGAUCCAAUCUCCUGCCCGCGAUUCACCCACAGCCUCCUUCACCGCGCGGUCGCCGCCGGCGAUGGACCGGCGCACGCAGCGGCUGGUCACGCGCGUCUCCAUCGCCCUGGCCGCCGUCACCACGUUCUCCCUCGUAUACCUCUUGCGCCACGCCUCCACCUUCUGCUCUGCCGCCCCCCACCCCCUCGCGCUCACCCUCUCGCUCGCCCCCUUCCCCCGCAACUCCUGCGAUGCCGCCUCCCGCCGUGUGGUCCCGCCCGACCGCCGCCUCUCCAAGCUCCGCGCCUCCCCGCGCUGGAGGCGCCGCACCGCCGCCCUCGCCUCGUCCGCAUUCCCCGCGCUCCGUACCCUCCGCCUCCUCGACGCCCCCUCCCGCGUCCUCUGCCUCGCCGCGGGCGCCGGCCACGCCGUCGACGCGCUCCGCGCCGAGGGGGUCGGGGACGUCACCGGGAUCGACCUUGUCGACUUCCCGCCGCUCGUCCGCCGCGCCGAUCCCCAUCGCCUCCCGUUCUUCGGCGGCACCUUCGACCUCGUCUUUUCCGAUGACUCCUCGGCGAUCUCCGGCGUGCUCUUCCCGUCGCUCGUAGCCGCCGAGGCCGAGCGGGCCGUACGCCUCGGCGGAGGCAUCGCGCUCACCGUCGACCGGGAUAUCGACCCUGCCGCCGUCGCCGCGCUCUUCAAGAGGUCGCGCGUGGUGGAUGUGAAGGAUAUCACCUUGGAUGGCUCCCAGGUUAGGAUGCUGAUCUUGCAGAGUAAUAGCACCACUUCAAACCCACAUUGAUUCAUCUAUCAUUCAUGUCAUGUGUUGUCAUGUACUGUAAUGUUCAUCAGUUUUAGGGAGCUAAACAUUUGUGAAUAGAAAUUAUAGAUGAUGGCGAAGAAAAAUGUAAAAUUGUUUAUCGUCA